AGGAAAGUCGACUUUUAGCUAUCAAGCUUGGGUGGAGACAUUAAUUUUCUUCUCCGAGCAUUGUUGCUUUAGCUAUCUCUCUUGGAAAUGAAGGAGUGUUGCAGAUGGAGCUCUCAAUUUUCCGAUGGCGAGGGCUUGCAGGGCCUAGGAGUCCUGGAGGCUCUGCUUGGGAAACAAGACGAUUCGCUGCGUGACAGACUGACGACAUUGCGUCGCGCACCAUGUGAGACUAGCGAUGGCACAGGUGUUGAAAGCGACACAGAGGACGCAGACAAGGCGGUGUCGUGUGCAUUCUGCAAGGGUUCGCCUCGUUUGCUGACCACGCCAUUGCACGUGGCUGCUGAACACCGAGCGUCGAAAGAGGCGAUCUCAGCGCUAUUGUCAGAUGUAGGCGACUGCGAUAGGUUUCUGUCGACUCAUCGAUACUUUGAUCAACGAACGCCUCUAUCAGUUGCCGUUAGCAGUGGCUCCGUAGAAGCUGCCUUAUUCCUGAUCGAUGCUACUGUUAGCAAUUCAACACUAUCUGAUGAAGUCUCCACUAGUCCUCUAUUGCAUUUUGCAGCUGAGCAUGGAAUGAGUGAUGUAGUGGAUAAGUUGUGUUCACUUGCCGAAGCCUGCGAUCUGGAUGUGUGCAUCGAUCGGACUGCCCGAGUCUGCGGGGGCAGCCUAACACCACUGGAGUGUGCGUUGCGCAGUGGUCACGCCGCCACGGCCAAGUGCAUCCUUACUCAUGGCGCUGACUCGCGCAUUGGCCGCCCGUUGCUCUGGGCGAUACGCAGUGGUGGAGAGUGCUGCAGUGCUGAUGUCAUAGACGCUAUCCUGGACAGUGGCUGUGAUAUCAACAUGCUGCUGGAUGAUGAGUCAAAUCAGACAACGCCACUGCUGUGUGCUGCCGGUCUUGCCUACUCUACAGUUGUAGAGAUGUUAUUGGAACGCGGCGGCAGUGUUGUUGAUAAGAGCAUAGGUGGACGCAGUGCUCUGUCACUCUAUCUGUGUGCUGUACGCUAUCGGCCAGCUGAGAUGAGCAACAUGGAACGUGUUCUCAGCGUGAUGCGCUUGCUAGCCGAGCAGGAUGAGUGCUUGUUGUCUCAGGAUGAAGUUGGCCGCACUGCCUUUGCACACGCCUUCAUCCAGUACCGGCGGUCACCACAUCUGACCGACGUCCUUUCUGCCCUGCUGUCAAACGGUGAUAAAGCAAAGGCAGCACUCAACCUCGCUGAUCAUGAUGGCAUCGCACCACUACAUCUAGCUCUUGCUCUCAACUCCAGUGCACUGGCACCAGAUCUUGCCCCUAAAGUCACCAGGAUGCUCCUGGAUGCUGGAGCAGAUCCGAAUGCGUUUGAUGGCUCCCCUGGCCGCCCACCUUUGCUAGUAGCACUUUGCAACGAGAGGCAUGCGAACAUCGAUUCUGCGAUACAGCUGCAGCUGGCAGACAUUCUCUUGCAGCACGGUGCUGAUCCGGAUGAAGGCGACACCAUCCGCACUCCACUGAUAGCUGCUCUUUUGGAGAAUGAUGAUGCUGAGGUUGCUCUUCGUGCAAUGCUCUUGCUAAUGAAGCAUGGUGCCAAUGUUAAUGCGGAUAAUCGUCAUGGGGAGACUGCACUGCACCGCUGUAUGAAGAUGUUCUGCUCCAAGAAUGAAUGGACUUUGGUGGAGGAGCUGUUGAAAUAUGGUGCAGACCCGAACCAGCGCGACAACAGUGGCUACAAUGCACUGCAUAUUGCAGCACAGUGCAUGUCGGCCAAGGGCAUUCAUUUACUUCUACGUCAUGGCGCUGACAUCAAUGCUGUUACACAGCAAGGAGAUACGGCGUUACAUCUGCUUGGUCGACAGCCAGGACUGGACGUUCACCAGGACCUGCCCGCAGCGUUUGCCUUGCUCAUUCUCGCUGGCUGCUCGACAAAAGAACUGAACGGAUUGGGAAUAGCUCCUCUGGACCACUUGACACGCACGUGGAUUCGAUGUGCUGAGCUUGCUGAUCGCUUGCUGAACAAGCCCCUCAUGCUGCGAGACAUCGUGCGCGCAAACAUCCGCCUUCUGCUGCACCCGGCUGCGUUGGAGAAUGUGCACUCAGUGCUCGGUGAUUACCUGCCCGAAUCGGCAUGCGAGAUGCUUCAGGGUGACUGGCUGCCGGAGAGGGAAGUCGGUGGUCUUGUGAGUGACGAUGAUGAAGACGAGGAAGACGGUACUGACGAUGCUGGUGUGGCUGCCACUGCUCCUCCGGUUGUGAUCAGUGAAUCCAUUGAUGAUGAUGACGACUUCAUGGUGGAGGGUAUCGAUGAGGAUGACGACGACGAUGACGACGACAAUGCCAUCCAAUUCCAGCGGUCGGACGAACUGGAAUAGGUUGUGUAUUCAUUGCUAACAUACCUGGAAGGUGUGCCUUUCCCAGUAUCAUGCAUACAUGCACUGCAAUUCGUGCAACAUGCACUCACUAGUGAUUAAGACAAAGCACUUCCGAAGCAUUUAGAUACAUGUACUUCUACGCACUAAUGAAGUCCCAAUUGACCAUAUCACACUUGACUUUUGAUGCUACCCAUGAAACAUGAGUCACAUAACCCUCCAUAGUUAUCUGCUAUGUCACACUGGCCGCUUUUGCUGGGAAUAAAAGUUUAUUUUCUCCACUGUACACAUUCUGCACUGGUUGCAUGUCAUCAGAUAUUUUCACUGCUCUCUGCUUGCACUAUAGGUAUUGUAAAGGUAUACAGUGUGUCUAGUUGCAGCAAACAAAGCAUGUAUGAUUAUUGUUUAGAGAUACUGACUUAGUUGAUCAAGAUAAUGGAGAUGUUUCUAGAUUAUAUCCUGUUAAUGCCUAGCUAGUAUUUUAUUUUCUAUCUUCUAUUGCAACUAUGUGUGCGUCUUAUUAAUGUAAAUGUCCUCUAUUGUAACUAUGUGUAGAUCUUAUUAAUGUAAAUGAUAACGUGUUUUGUUACGGUAGUCACCGGCACUGCUGUGGAUGAUGCAUGUUCAGCCUAUUCGACUGUGGGAAGCUCUUUCCUGGAUUUCAACGCCUUGCACUUGCAUGCUUUGGAUGGUUUGUCAAGAUGUCAGUUGUUGUUGUUUUCAGCAUUUUCUCUA